UUACCCAUAUGUCAGCCGAUUUGUUUUCCAACCACAACAACAAAAAAUACAGCCAAAAAAAAUCAGAUAACUGUAUAUCGAGUGAACUGCAAUUUUACACACAAUUUUUUAUGCUCGCCUCUGCAUUUUUACACAAAUUGCAAGUUUGCUCAUAAAAAAGAUCAAAUUAAUUAAUUUCGAAACAACUUUAAUUCAACUUCGCCAUAAACAGUUUCAACAAAAAAAAUUAAAUAAGUAUUGCUCCUGCAAUGGAUGAAAUUAAUGAUUUUUUUGAUUUCUCUAAAAAAUUUGAGCGUGUAACUGUGCCAUCAGGAUGCAUGAGUGGUCAAACCACGACAUAUUACCCUCAAACUGCAGUUGAUACACGAAUAUUAAAACGUGAAGAAAAAGGUAAUGAAUACGCACUUGAAUAUAGUAUUGCUGAGAAGAAACGCAUGAUGGAGGAAGAAAAUGUUUCGGCAUGUCCUUCAUUUGGUUACGCCGAAUCAUCAAUGUUAUCAGAAAUGGAAACAUUGGAUGAUAUUGAUGAUGAUGAUGAUGAUAUGGAACAGCAGAAAAAGACAGGUCCAACUGAUGACCCAAUCUACAGCAAAUAUCAUUUUAAUAUGCAAUGGAAUGAUGGUCUUCCAAUUCAUGAUUCUCACAAAGAAAUAAUGGAAACUAUUCGAGCAAAACGUGUUGUUAUUCUUGAGGGAGAUACCGGUUGUGGAAAGACGACACAGGUGCCCCAAUAUAUACUUGAGGAUGCUUAUAAACGCCGUGAGCGUGUGAACAUUAUUGUCACUCAACCACGUCGUAUAGCUGCCAUUAGUAUUGCCCGUCGUGUUUGUACGCAACGAAAGUGGGAAGAAGGCAGUGUUAUUGGUUAUCAAGUUGGAUUGCAUGCCAAUAUGUCAGAAGAUACACGACUUUUGUAUUGCACAACAGGUGUGCUUUUGCAAAAAUUAAUCAAAGAGAAAUCUUUGAGAAACUACACUCAUAUAGUUUUGGAUGAAGUUCAUGAACGUGAUCAGGAUAUGGACUUUUUAUUGAUUGUUAUACGACGAUUGAUGAUGACGAAUUCAAGGAAUGUUAAAGUGAUUCUUAUGUCGGCUACAAUUAAUACAGGAGAGUUUGCUGAAUAUUUUACAUUUGGAAGAACUCCUGCACCUGUAAUAAAGGUGGAUUCAAGACGUAAUUUUGUUAUAAAAGAACAUUAUCUUUGCGAAUUGUCAAGAAUUAAUAACAAUGUUCAAAUAGACUAUGAAGAACCCGGUAUCAGCAAUGAAAUGUACCAACUCGCUUUGAAAUUGAUCAUAGUGAUUGAAAAUAUUGAGAGUCAUGAAAGUUCGAAUAAUCCGAAUCAGAAGACUUCUAUUCUUAUUUUCCUUCCAGGUAUUAAUGAAAUUGACAGAAUGGACAAGAAACUUGAAACUAUUCAAAAUAUGCAAGGUAGUGGUGUUAAACUAAUGCCAAUUCGUUUGCAUUCAAUGAUUUCACCCGAUGAACAACAAAAAAUCUUUCAUCGAGCACCACCUGGUCAUCGUAAAGUUAUUUUAGCUACAAAUAUUGCAGAAAGUUCAAUCACAGUUCCUGAUGUUAAAUAUGUGAUUGAUUUCUGUUUGACAAAGUCUUUAAUGACUGAUACUAGUACAAAUUUUACUUCAUUGCAACUCCAUUGGGCAUCCAGAGCAAAUUGUCGUCAAAGAGCUGGACGUGCUGGACGUGUUAUGAAUGGAAGAGUUUAUAGAAUGAUAUCGAAACAAUUUUAUUUGAAUUAUUUGGAAGAAUUUGGAAUACCAGAAAUGGUUCGUUGUCCCUUAGAAACUUUGGUUCUUAAAGCAAAGCUCCUUGAUAUGGAACCUCCGCCAGUUAUACUUGCUUUAGCUAUGACACCACCAAAUCUAUCAGACGUCCACAAUACUAUUUUAGUGCUAAAAGAAGUUGGUGCUCUCUACAAAACUGUAAAUGCAAAGUAUUCCAUUCAAGAUGGUGAUUUGUCAUUUGUUGGUCGUGUAAUGGCUGCUUUGCCAUUGGAUAUUCGUGUCAGUCGUUUAAUUAUUUUUGGAUACAUUUUUAGUGUUCUUGAAGAAGCAAUUAUAAUUGCGGCUGGAUUAAGUGUUAAAUCAAUUUUUACAUUUUCUGACAAAAAAAGAGGCGAAUUGGCUGCUUACUCACAAAAAUUGGCUUGGGCUGAUGCUUCGGGCAGUGAUUUGUUUGCUAUGCUCAAAGCUUAUCGGGUUUGGUGCACAAUGCGUGAACAACAUAAUAUGAAUGAAGAAUCUGGCGAAUACACAUGGGCUGAUCGAUACUUUAUUAAUAUUCGCUCCAUGAAAGAAAUGCACUUACUUGUAAUGGAAUUAAAAGAACGUCUUAUGGGUUUGGGAAUUAAAGAGACAACUGCUUAUCAGCGCAUUCACUGGCUUGACAGAGAAAAAACGAUUAUUUUGAAAAUUGUCAUUUCAGGCGCAUUUUAUCCAUACUACUUUCUUCGUUCGAAUUUAAAUAACACGGAAGCUGAACGUGCCACUUAUCAUACUAUUUUUGGAAAUGAUCCUUGCAGUACUGUUUAUUUCAAUAAUUACAAUACAAAACAUAUUGGCCAGUUGUACUCCAAAUCAAUUAAGGAUCUCUUCAAGCAAGCUCGUAUACAUCCAAAAAAUAUUGAUGUACGUUUCCAGCCAGGAAGUGAAAAGGUUUUGGUAACUUUUAAGAGUGAUCCCGAAGAUGAGUAUGGUGGGGAAAGUAGCAACCGAGUUCAAGUUCCUGGAAGUGUUCGUCUUGAGGUUUAUAAGGCGAUUAAAAUGAGACACUUGAGAAUACCAACUGUUAUUAAAGUUAUGGAUGCUAGAUCAGGAAUAAACUAUGCAGAAGAACGAGGAAUUGGUGUUAUGUUUGAAGGAACUUGGAUACCAACCAAGAAGCAGAUUAAGAACCCAGAGCUCGUUGUUAUUCCAACAGUUUUUACAAAACAAACACGUGGAUAUAUCACUCAUAUUGAAAACUGUGGAAAAUUCUAUUUCCAACCUUUGACUGAAAUUGAACGACUUAAGGAAAUUUCGUCAUUACUAAACUCCCCAGAAGCUGAUGAACGCAAAUUUCGAAAUGCUGCUGCGGUUUCAAAGGGUAUGCUGCUUGCUGCACCUUUUCAGAACCAAUACUACCGAGCAAGAGUUGUUCAGGUCAUUCACAGUUCUAGACAGCAUUUGGAAUUCAGGGUGCUCUUCAUUGACUUUGGCAAUACAUCUGUGGUUAAUUUUACUGAAUUGCGUCGUUUAUGCUUUGAAGCAGAAUAUCUUGUUGACAUUCCACCACGUGUAUACGAAUGCCGUCUGGCAAUGGUUCAACCGUCUUCUGUUAAAAGUCCCAGUGGCAAAUGGUUGGACGAGGCUAUGGAGUAUUUGCAAGAAGUGGCAGACAGCGGUGUUGUUGAAUUAGAAGUCUAUUCGGUGGUGCAUAGCGUAUCAUCUGUAUCAGUUAGAGUGGGUGAUACAACUGUUAACGAUAUUCUUAUCGAUAAAGGAUUGGCACAAAAAUCUGACGAAUGUUUCAUGUCAAAGACUGAUCAUGAUUUGCGAAUGAGGAAACAAUCGGUAGCUGAAAGAUUCAUGCAAGAAGACUUUUCCAAACAAAACGAAGAGUAUUUGCGAUCUAUUCAACCUGAAGUUGAUAUUGAAAUUGAUCCUCCACCAGCAGAACUAUGCUUGAAUAAUAUUUUCCUGAGAGGUCCUUUUUGUCCACUUGAAGCAAAAAUCUUCUCUGCAACACGUGUUGGUGCAUGGAAGGGCGUUAAUGUCGAACGUGAAUCAGUUAAUUCAGUUUUAGUUGACACUGACCCACAGGAUGUUCACGAACGACUAAUUGUUGCUGCUAACGUUUCUGAAACUGUCGAUAGAAGUUCACUCACAGCUCGACAAACUACUCUUAUGCCAAAUAUUCAUGGUUUUGCCCCUCUUAUGGCUUUAAUCUUCUGUCCAACAAUGCAGAUUCAUAGAAACUCUAGUAAAUCGAAAUAUGUUUCGAUUUUAGCUGGUCUGGGACAUGAUGAGAAUUAUAAGUCUUUGUUUGAAGAACAUGACAUGGUGUUGCAUUUGGAUUCAGAGAUUUUAACAUCUGAUCUUGAAUUGAUAAAUCAAAUUCGUUACUCCAUGGAUACGAUUUUGUACACCGAUCCAGGUGAUGAUAAACCAACAGUUUUGCCAAAUAUUCGCGCUGAUCUUGCAGCUAAAAUAAAGAGUCUCAUUAUUAAACUUUUAAGUAAAACUCGUAAGUACAUUGAAACUCAUGUAGAUUCCCAGGAUCAUGUUUGGGUUCGACCUGACGAAAAGGACGUCAUUGAAAGUCCUCUUAUUUAUGGACCCAGAUGUAUUUUUCCUAUGCAUUCAGCUCUACGUCUUUACGAUGAAUCAUUUGAUCGUAUGCACGCGCUCAAUGUACAUUGUCGUGAAUUACAUCGAAUGAAACAAUUUGAUGGAUCUGUGUCUGCAAUCACGUGUCAACUUUGUGAUCAAUCCUUAGAAAAUAUUGUACAUUUAAGGAUUCAUUUGCUUUCACAACUCCAUAGAGAUCGUGAAUACCAAAUUAAUUUUAAAUCUCCUCAUUAAUAUGUUUUGUUUUUCCCCCUUUAUAACCUGAAAUUUCUUUUUUUUUUUACUUUAUGACUCGUUUAGAAAGAAAUGUAUAGUUUUUGAGUUACAUUACGUAUAUGAAUAAAAAGUAUAGUUUUUUACGUUUGUUUUUCAAUAAAGAUCUAUUGAACCAUA